CUGGUCCUGAAGCCUCCGUUUGGUUCUGAAGCCUCCGUCUGGUUCUGAAGCCUCCGUCUGGUUCUGAAGCCUCCGUCUGGUUCUGAAGCCUCCGUCUGGUCCUGAAGCCUCCGUCUGGUUCUGAAGCCUCCGUCUGGUCCUGAAGCCUCCGUCUGGUUCUGCCAAUAUUUGUUUUUUCAGUAAUGGCGUUCCCACGGCGGUUGGCCUCCAUGUUGCUGGUUUCAUGGAUCCUUCUCCUCUACUGGACGGCCUCCUCUGCAGAGUCACAUGACCUCCACCAGUCCCCCAGGAUCCGCAGACAGAUGGCUUUUCGCACCAGAGAGGUCGUUGCAGCAUCCUCACAGGUGGUCAAAGACUCUCUGACCGUCAUCAAAGAAGCUUUGGCAAGUGCUCAGGCCAGUCGGGCGAUUGAUGUGAUCAAGAGUAUCUCCAAAGUUGCCAACCUGGCACCCGGCAUUGGAGGUCUGGUUGCAUCCUUUAUCAACGUGGCGCUGGCCUUCAUCCCUCAGGAAAACCCCCUGACAGAGCUCAGGAGGGGCUUUGAUGAGGUGAAUUGGAAGCUGGACUCCCUUUCCAUGCAGAUCUUCAACCUGGCGACAGACGUGGAAUGGUUCAACUACGCCAGCGUCUACUCCCAAGACGAAGUCCGCAUCCUCAAUGCCUGGAACAAGUUCACCGAGUUUGGUCAGAGCAGUGAGUUGGCGCAAAGCGAGGAGGCAAAACUGCAACUAGCCGAGAUGUUCACCAGCCACUACGAGUCCACAGGAGCUGAGGCCAGUGUGUCCAAUCUUUACCACUACCUGACGGUCAGCAGCACGGCGCUCAGUGGAAACCUCAACAACUUGCUGAUAAAGAAGUUUAAAUGUGAUGUUGUCCACAUCAGCAGAUACAACCUGUACUUCAGCAGCCUGCUGUGGAAGGGGAUGGUGGUCAGCCAGGUCUACUGGAAUCUGAUGGGUUCCUACUCAUCAGGCAAAGAGGAUCAACAUAUCCAGAUGUUUAAGAAGGUGCAUGAAGUUCAAUCAUCAGCUGUGGACCUCUGUCAGAAAAACUACGAGGAGUACAUGAAGAAAGACGUGGUGGAGAUCACCAAAAAGCUCAUCCCUGACAAAGAUGCCAUCGCUAAACGGGUGAAGGAGGCUCUGGACAAGAAGUACGACUGGUACAGCUGGGUGGUGCUGGUGUACGACAGCAACAAUAACAGCAGUUACAAGCUGUUUGAUGUGACACCGAUCGAGGUGGGCAACAUCAUGGUGGUUGUGGCCUACACUCUGGGAGGACAUGAGGAACAUGUAGACGAUGCUAAAUCAGUUAAAGACACAGCCAACGAGUGCUUUAAGAACCAACAGUGUGAAAUCAGGGAUCAAAUAAGUAAAUGUAAUAAGGACCAAGUAAAACAAUGGAGUCGUUUUGAAAAAAGACCUGUGCGUAUACAUCUGACAAAACACGCCAAAGUAACACAUGUGUCCUACAACGGCGGACAGAGUUUUGCAGAAUAUCCAACACCGCUUCAACAAGUCGACUGCAGCUGGUACAUACGGGGAGGGAAGAUUUCUGUUCACUGGUCCAGGGAGAAGGAUGUCUGCACUCAGAGCACAUGUCAGAACAAUGGAAAGUGUAAGAGGCUGCUGGACUCCAACGAUUGGCUGUGCGACUGUCAGGAUGGUUACCAUGGAGACACAUGUAACAAGAAAGUGGACAUAUCAAUGGCUCAGGACAUGAAGACUCUCUUCCCUAAAGCGCUCAUCAGCACCACCGGCACCAAACUCAGAACCAUCGAGUCCAAAUUGGACACGAUGAUGAGUAGAUGUCAGUGUUCAUAG